ACUAUGAUUCGACUUGGUGAUUGUCUCAAUCAUAUUCUACCUUUAAACCAAUGCCAACCAAUAUGAAAAUAAAAAAGAUAUGGAAAUGGUUGCUUGCACAAAUUUUUCGCAUAUUUUUGUUUCUAUCUUCCCAUUUUAUCUCACUAAAUUUAGUAUCUUUUCUGUCUCCGUAUUUUCCGCUUAUAUACUCUGUCAUCUCUAGGAAACGAGCAGCAGUAACCAUGAUUCAAAGGAUCACACGCUUGGCUCAAUCUCUUCCACUCCGUCCCUCUUCAGCAUCAAAGCUUGGUGCUUACUGUUACUUUGCAUCUGGGGCUGCAUCUUCUACGCAACAAUUAUGCAAACCAUCUCUCAAGAGCCCUAAUGUUAGAGAUGAUGAGUAUGCAGAUGUGGAAUGGGAUAAUCUUGGAUUUGGGAUAGUACCAACUGAUUAUAUUUAUAUUAUGAAAUGUUCCAAAGAUGACAAUUUUGAAGAGGGUCAACUUUGUCGCUAUGGAAAUAUAGAACUCAGCCCUGCUGCUGGAGUUUUAUCCUAUGGCCAGGGAGUUUAUGAAGGCACAAAAGUGUAUAGGAAAGAAGAUGGGCGACUCCUCCUGUUUCGUCCGGAUGAGAAUGCAAUUCGCAUGAGAAUUGGUGCAGAAAGAAUGUGCAUGCCCUCACCUUCUAUCCAUCAAUUUGUGGAUGCUGUAAAGCAAAUUGCUCAAGCCAACAGGCGUUGGGUCCCACCUCCAGGUAAAGGGUCACUUUACAUAAGGCCCGUGCUCAUUGGAAGUGGUCCUACAUUAGGUUUGGCCCCAGCGCCCGAAUACACAUUCUUCAUAUACGCCUCCCCUGUCCAAAACUAUUUCAAGGAGGGUUUUGCACCCCUGAACUUGUAUGUGGAGGAUGAAUAUGACCGUGCGUCCCUUGGUGGCACUGGAGGUGUCAAAAGCAUUACAAAUUAUGCCCCCGUUUUGAAAGCAAUGUCGAGAGCGAAAAACAGAGGAUUUUUGGAUGUACUAUACCUUGACUCGGUGAAUAGAAAAAAUGUGGAGGAGGUCUCUUCUUGCAAUGUUUUCAUAGUGAAGGGCAAUGUUAUUUCAACUCCUCCUGCGGCUGGGACUAUUCUUGCAGGUAUAACCCGUAAAACGGUGAUUGAAAUUGCUGGUGACCAUGGUUACAAGGUGGAGGAACGUAGCAUUCCCGUGGAUGAAAUAAUGGACGCUGAUGAAGUAUUCUGCACAGGAACUGCUGUGGGCGUUGCCCCAGUGGGUACCAUCACAUAUCAAAACAAAAGGAAAGAGUUCAAAACUGGAAUUGACACCGUUUGUCCUGUACUCUACUCAACCCUCAUGGGAAUUAAAACGGGCAUGAUUGAGGAUAAGAAAGGCUGGGUUGUGGAGAUUUAGCGAUCAGCCAUCACUUACAUUUACAUCAAAACCCAUAAUGGGUACAGAGAUUUUACGUGUACCCCCUUUGUCUUUUUAUGUAUGUAGACUGUUGAAAGGGAGUUGUAAAUAGAUUCAAAACCCAUGAUAUUUUUAUUUACCAAAAAAAACCCAUGAUAUUUUUAAUCAUAAUUCAACCCAUCUUAUGUUCAA